GCGGGAGGCGGUGGCGGCUCCUCCUGGGCCUCGGUGCCGCGCGGCCGCUUCCCGGGCCGGCCCGGCGGGUGCCGCUCGCGGGGCUCCGGCGCCGGGAGCCGCGCGCGGAUCUCCCUGCUGGCGCCGCAGCUGCUGCGGGUCGCCCCGCCGGACGGAGAGAGGGCCGCGGCGGCGGCGGACACCACCCUGGGCAGCCUCCUGGGCCUCGGACGGAACCUGCGCCGCCUGCAGGGCCUGCUGGGUGACAGCAGCAGCAGCAGCAGCGACGGCGAGGAGGAGCCGGAUGAGUUCCUGGGCUUCCAUUCAGAGGAUGAGGCUUCCCAGAGUUCGCUGCGUGCCGCUCUACGGUCUAAAAGAGGUGCAGCUCAGCCAGCCCGUGGCCGGAAGAAGAGGGCACUUUCUGAGGACAGCCAUUCCAAGAGGCUGGCCAAGCAGAAGGCUGCGGAGUCCCAGCGGGAACGGAUGGUGAAGGCCUUGGCUGAACUGCUUCAGAGGGCCAAAGGGUCUCCAGGCCGGUUGGGUAGGCUGCCAGCUUCGGGCCCCAAAAUAGGCAAGAUGCUUCCUGAGCAGGCUAAACUUGGCCCAGAGGCUGGCGAUUCCAUAAAAGCCACCCUCUCUCCCGCCCUUCCUUUGCAGACAGGGAAGAAUCUCAACUCCAUUGCAACAUCCAGGCCACGAGGCCGGCCGCGAGGUUCCUUCACCAAGAGACCAAGGACCACUCCUGGGCCUCCUUGCCAAAGCACCGAAGCUCCCUGUUCCCUCCCAGAACCCUACCAUCCCAGCCCUUCACCUUCACCAUGCCAAGAUGUCAGCCCACCACCUCCGCCCCCAGAACCUUCUAAGAAGCCGCCUCUCAUACUGAAGUUCUUUUCCAAGUCCAAACGGCACAAGUCCGGCAAGCUGGUGGUGACCCAUGUCCGGCUAAAGGGUAGAAGGGGUCGCAAGAGGAAAUGGAGCGUCGUACAGAAGAGGAGAAGCUCCCCCCUUCCCUCCCUGUCUGUUUCAGAGUCAGAGGCUCCGUUAUCGGAGUCGGAGUCUUCUGCCCCCGAACGGGAACAAAAAGAGGCGGCUUCUGCUCCAGAGUCACAGCCAGAAGUUCUUGCUGUGGAUCCGGAGCCGCAGCCGGAACUUCCUGCCUCAAAGCCAGAGGCACAAUCGGAAGUGGUCGCUCAGGAGCCAGGGCAACAAUCAGAGGCUCCGCCACAGGAGGCAGAAGCCUCUCAGCCUGAGCUAGAGGCACCAGCGUCAGAAGCUGGCAUUCCUGCUUCACUGAAUGGAGUUCCCUGCAAAGAAGAGCAAGGGCAGCCCAACUCCCAGAGCGGUGGGACGGGGGCCCUUUCUGAGGAGGGGUCUUCCAGUAUUGCCCGUUCCACGCGGGCUCAGUGUUUGAAGCGGGGGCGUGGCCGACCACCCCUGACCGCCACCCAGCGGGCCCAGCGUAUGGCCACUCAGCAGCUGCCGGCCAAGGCCAGAGAAGAGACUUUGGCGGCUGCUCAGCCUGGUGGGGCCAGCUCUGAGGACACACCGGUACUCAAGGCCACGUUCCUGAAGAACAUCCGUCAGUUCAUCAUGCCCGUGGUGAGCGCUCGUUCGUCACGCCUUAUCCGGACCCCCCGCCGCUUUAUGGAUGAGAUCCCUCAGAAGCCAGUCAAGCCUGCAGAAAACCCUGCUGCCACGGAAGGGCCUUGUCCCAACAAGCAAGAGCCUCCCCUCUCAUCAGCACAGGUGGCCUCCCUGCAGCUGACUCCCCCAACUCCCAGCUCUCCAAGUAAAGAUACCUCUAGGGCCCUCUCCCCCCCACCUUCUCCAGGUGUUCCCCAUAUCUCUUCCUCUGCUUCUGCCCUGCCUGAGAAGCGCCGUUCCAUCCUCCGGGAGCCCACUUUCCGCUGGACUUCUUUGAGCCCCACUUCAUCCCCUAAGGAUCCGGGCAAGGCCCUCUUCCAUCUUCCCGGCGAAGAUUCCCCUUCUUUGCCCAGCACGCCGGCACCAACCCCUUCACCCCCAGCCAAGCGCCCCCCGCUGCUGCGGGCACCUCAGUUCACACCAAGUGAAGCACACCUUAAAAUUUAUGAGUCGCUGACGGUGUCUUCCGAGGAGUGUGAGCCGGUGUCUGCUUCCCCUGAGGUCAGGAGAGACCCGCCGGUGUCGCAACAAGAGGCUCCCAUGCUCCCUUCUGAGCCAGUAGCCACUCGCAGCAGUAAGAGGCUGAUGGGAAGGACGAACCACCUCACCUUGCCUCUUUUCACGGAGGUCCCUAGGCCACUCGGGGCUCAAGGCAAAGAGCUGAUCACCAUGGAGGAUGUGAAUUCUCCUGGCGUGGUGCACAAGGUAGCCAUCCGAAGGGUUGUGCCUCCGGCAGUCCACAAGGAGGAGGCGGCAGCCAAUAGCUCAGAAAGCGAGGUGGAGCCCGCUAGCCCAUGUUUGGAAAAAAAGCCACCGCCACCUCCAGAGUUGCCGAAGCCUAUUAUUGCCCAGCUGUCAAGCAUGGAUAAAGUGUACAGCUUGCUCACUCGUGCCAAGGUGCAGCUUUUCAAGAUUGAUCAGCAGAAGAAUUUCAGACUGGGUCCGGGGUGUCAAAGCAUCAAGAUGGAUGCCCUCGAGCCCCUAAAGUUCCAGGGCAAGCAGGAACCAAGUUCUGAACUUAAAGCGGCUGGAGAAGAUGGGAAAGAUGCAAGAAAGCAGGAGUCUCCGGUGCAGGGUCCUCGCAUCAAGCAUGUGUGCCGGCAUGCCUCGGUGGCCCUGGGCCAGUCUCGUGCCAUGGUGCCAGAGGACGUGCCACGCCUCAGUGCCCUGCCACUGCGAGAGAGGGAGGAGAUUGCUGCUUCGCCAACCAUUGAGGAGACCUCCUCAGCCUCCGAGAGUGAGAGUGGACACCAGAAGCAGGUUAAAGUCGACACAGCCGUCAAGGCCACGCCACACCCUGUGCGUCGCCAUAUCUCCCACCACCACGGCAAGAAGAACCGGAUGACCCGCUGCGGGAAGUGCAAAGGCUGCCUGAAGCUGCAGGACUGUGGGGAGUGCAUCAACUGUCUGGAUAAACCAAAGUUUGGUGGGCCAAACACCAAGAAGCAGUGCUGCGUGUAUCGGAAAUGCGACAAGAUAGAAGCGCGGCGGGUGGAGCGGCUCUCUAAGAAAGGUCGUACUGUAGUGAAGCCCAUUGUACCUUGGGAUUCAGAAGAUUCUCAGGAGGAGUUCCCAGCCCCCUGGGAGGUCAUGCUGGGGGCCACGGAGACAGCAGAGCAAGACUCCUUAUUGCAACGCAAGUCAGCCCGGCGCUGUGUCAAGCAGAGGCCCUCAUAUGACAUAUUUGAAUCCUCCGACUCGGACGCGGAGCCAGUGUCCGGCUCAGCCACGCAUCGCCGGAAAUCUUCUCGGGACUCAGAUCUGCUUCCCAUGGACUCUGAGGAGCAGAGUAGACCCCGCAGAACACCUCUCCAACCCGUGGUGCAAUUGAAGGCCCGGAAGAGGCCGGAGAAGGAUGUCCCUUCUUCUGGCACACUCCCGUCCUUCUCCAAUGGUUGGAAUGGGAAGCAGAAGUCUACGGAUGGCGUCCACCGGCUCAGAGUGGAUUUUAAGGAAGACUGCGACCUGGAAAACGUCUGGCUGAUGGGCGGCCUCAGCAUCCUCACCUCGGUGCCAGUCACCACGCAGCUCGUGUGCCUCCUUUGUGCUAGCCGGGGCUUCCAUCAGCUUGUCUUCUGCCAGGUGUGCUGUGACCCUUUCCAUGUCUUCUGCCUGGAGGAGGACGAACAACCGCUGCCCGAGCAGGAGGAAAGCUGGUGUUGCCGCCGCUGCAAGUUCUGUCACGUCUGUGGUCGCAAAAACAAAGCGUCCAAGCAACUGCUAGAAUGUGAGCGUUGCAGAAACUGCUAUCACUUGGCUUGUCUUGGGCCCAACUACCCCACGAAACCUUUCCGAAAGAGGAAGGGCUGGAUCUGUUCCGCUUGCAUCCGCUGCAAGAGCUGUGGAACUGCUCCCGGGAAGAAUUGGGACACUGAGUGGUCCAACGACUACAGCUUGUGCUCUGCUUGCUCAGUGCUGUAUGAUAAAGGUAACUACUGCCCUAUCUGCUUGCACUGCUAUGAGGACAACGACUAUGAGAGCAAGAUGAUGCAGUGUGCCAAGUGUGACCACUGGGUCCAUGCCAAGUGCGAGGGCCUUUCAGAUGAGGGCUAUGAGAUCUUGUCCAAUUUACCCGAGAGUGUUGUCUACUCCUGCCGACCCUGCUGUGGCAGUGACAAGGCCAAGUGGCGGGACGUCCUCAGCUCGGAGCUUCGCAAAGGCCUCCGGCAGGUGCUACAAGGCCUGCUCAGCUCGAAGUACGCCGUUCCUCUGCUGCAAUGCGCCCAGUGUUGCCCAGACGAUGGUGUGAAAGUUCACCUGCGGCCCUGCGACCUGCGCACUAUCGGCAAGCUCUUUGACCAGGGUCACUACUCUUCGGUGCACAGCUUCAAUGAGGACAUGGUGGGCGUCCUGUUGGGACACAUGGAGGAGGAGGGCCAGACCGGCCUGACAGCAAAAGCAUUCUACAUAGAGCUGAUGGGAAAGGUCUUCAGCUGGUUUGAUGCUCAGGAUGCGAAGCACUGGACUCACAACAGCACACUCCCCAAUGGCAUGCUUCCCAAUGCAGUCCUGCCUCCCUCUUCUGACCACAUCUAUGCUCAGUGGAGGCAGCCUGAGGAGUUCAGCCCCGCUGCCAACAGUCACCUGAUGCCCUCUGGCCCGGAGAAGAUGGCUGGGAAAGACAUAGAGCAUUCCUUGCCGCAGCAGCCAUCGGCUGAUCCGGAAGACAAGAGACAGUGCGCCUUGUGCCUCCAGUAUGGUGAUGCACCUUCCAAGGAUGCAGGCAGGCUGCUAUACAUCGGGCAAAACGAGUGGACCCACGUCAAUUGCGCCAUCUGGUCCGCUGAAGUCUUUGAGGAGAAUGAUGGCUCUUUGAAGAACGUGCAUGCCGCUGUGGCCCGGGGCCGGCAAAUGCGCUGCGAGCACUGUCAGCGCACAGGGGCCACUGUUGGCUGCUGCCUGUCUGCCUGCCUCAGCAAUUACCACUUCAUGUGUGCCCGCCUCUGCCACUGCACCUUCCAGGACGACAAGAAGGUCUUUUGCCAGAAGCACGUCGAUCUCUUGGAUGGGACGGAGAUAGUCGCUGAAGACGGGUUCGAUGUCCUGCGCCGCGUCUACGUCGACUUCGAGGGCAUCAGUUUUAAGAGGAAGUUCAUGGUGGGCUUGGAACCGGAUACUAUCAAUAUGAUGAUAGGCUCCAUGAAGAUCGAUAGCCUGGGGAUGCUGACGGACUUGUCGGAGUGCGAGGGCCGCCUCUUUCCAGUUGGCUACCAGUGUUCCCGGGUUUAUUGGAGCACCAUGGAUGCUCGCAAGCGGUGUUGGUACAAGUGCCGGGUGCUGGAAUACCGGCCAAAGCUGAACCAGGAGGAGCCGGAUGCAUCGGGGGUGCAGGAGGAGAAUCACACUAUUGUGCACAGCCCAGCAACCCCUGCAGAUGCUAACCUUGGAGAAAAACACCUUCAGGAUGUGGCCCCUCCCUUGCCACCACUGGAGCGUCACUCCCCCGCACAGAACCCAGGGCCUCUGCCACCCCCAGAGCCUGUUGCCGCCAAGCCCAAACCCCUCUCCGGAGCUCGCAUCAAAGUGCCCAACUACUCCCCCACUCGGCGGCCGAUAAGUGGGGUGUCAUCCCGCCCACUGCCCUCUCCUGGGAGCGCGUCAUCCAUGUCUCAUCCUAUCCUGACGGUGGGUGACCCAGACUUCCCUACUCCGCGCCGCACCCAGCGCCUCAGCCCCUUGUCACCUAGCGGCGCCCCCCGCACCCGCUGGUCUUCCCUCCCACCACAAGCCACUGCAAACAGGACUAGUCCCCCCAGCACCACUCUCAGGGCAAUGCCGCCUCUCCCGGAUGACCCCCCGGCUGGGAGCGGCUUUAAGCACACGUCUACCUCUGACGGGCAGCGGCCCACACCUACCUCACCCCCUCCCUCGCCCCCAGCCGUGCCACCAGAGCUGGCUUUUGAGCUCAACGUCUCCGACUUGGAAUUCGAUGACAGUCUUUUGGACGAGCCCUUUCAGGAAGAGGAACUGGGUGUCCCACGGACGUGCCCCUCGCCCAACCUGGGGCUGCCUCAGCUGGACGGGCUGGGUGAUGCGGAGAGCGAGGAGGAAGGAGAGGCCGAGCGCUACUUCCGCUUCCCGCGUACGGUGGUGACGCGAGAACCUCCCCUGCCCACAUACCCUCUGGACCUGCCCCUUCCCCAUAUUCACCAGCUAGAUGGGAUAGACGACGGCACGGACAGCGAGGCGGAUGCUACAGGGGGGCACUCGUCCACCAAGGGCAAGCAGGGGGAAGCAAGCGUUGAGAGGGAGCUGGCUGGCCCCGCUCCUGCUCCAGAGGACCUGCCUUCUGACAUUGUGGACUUCGUGCUAAAGAACUUGGAGGCUCCUGAAAGCAAGGCCCCGCUGCCCAUUUGCCCCAAUCGGACAUCUCCGCCACCACCACCCCCUACCUCCGCCAGUCUUAAUGGCACCGAAUCAACCCACCCGAGCCCUGCUCCAGAUCCGACCCCAACCUUAAUGCUCAGCUGCGCCCAAGUGCCCGGUGGCCCCGAAGUAAAGGUGCUGGGCUCUGAGGGGCAAACACCUGGCUCCAGAAUCAUCCUGGUGAACAAGCUGGGGCAGGUGUGCAUGAAAAUGCAGGGUGAAGAAGGUGUGCUCAAUGCUCAAGACGGGGAGCAGGCCUCCAGCUGCAAGGCCAGACCAAACCCUGCUCCUCCAGUCCAGCCUGCGCCCGCCCCCAGCCUUAACACGGUCAUUUUACGGGCACCCCUAAGCCUUGCUCCAAGCCCUGUUCCCACCUGGACCAUCCGGGGUCCAGUGCUCAGCAUGGUGCCCAUGAUGAAUGUGAUGGGCACAGCGCCUCAGGCUGCCGGAGGGCAGUUGGCAUUGGGGCUUCCUCAGACUUGCCUCUUGCAGCCUGUGGCCAUGAAUCCAGGGGUGCUCAGCCUUCCAGGCUUGGUGUCCUUGCCUAGCCCCCGCCCAGCUAUCCGGGUCAAGAGAGUCUCCACCUUUGUUGGAAACAUGCCCCCCAAGAAGGUGAAGGUGGAUGGAGUCAACGAAGAAGAGCCGUCGCCGGUGUUGCCUGCAGGGACUCAUGGGCAUUUGGUUAACAACUGUCUCUCUGGCAGUACAGUGGGCUCUAGCAUUGGGAGGGUACGGAUGAAGACCCCCUCGGCAAAGGGUGUCCUCGACCUGGAUGCGCCGAAAGAGGAGGACGGUGCUGCUGGCAAGGAUGAUCUAUCCCCGAUGGAACACUCCCCUUCCUUGGCAGCCUUGCGCUCUCGUUCCGGAACACCAGAGCAAAGCCAGGAACCACUGCUGGAACCCAUCUGGCACAGAUACGCAGUGGGCCUUUCCAGCUCGGACGAGGACAACCUGAACCAGGAAGACAAAGAGAACGAGGUGCCCCGCAAGACACAGCCCCACCUGCGCUUCGAGAUCACCAACGAGGAUGGUUUGAACGUGCAGGCCGACAGCAUUGAGGGUGCCUGGAAAGCAGUGAUUGAGAAGGUGCAGGAAGCUCGAACCAAUGCCAGGCUCAAGCACCUGUCCUUUGCAGGCAUGAACGGAGUGCGGAUGCUGGGCAUGCACCAUGAUGCUGUCAUCUUCCUGGUGGAGCAGCUGCAUGGCGCCAAGGCCUGCCAUAAGUACAAGUUCCGGUACCACCAGCAUGAAGGCGAGGAAGAGGAACUGCCUUUGAACCCUCACGGCUGUGCCCGGGUCGAAGUCUACGUAAGGAAAUGCACCUUUGACAUGUUCAACUUCCUGGCAUCCCAGCAUCGUGUGCUUCCAGAGGGUGGCCCCUAUGAUGAAGAGGAGGAUGAAGUGCAGCUCAAAUCCACUAGGCGAGCCACUAGCUUGGAGCUACCUAUGGCCAUGCGAUUUCGGCACUUGAAGAAAACUUCCAAGGAAGCUGUGGGCGUGUACAGGUCAGCCAUCCAUGGCCGGGGUCUGUUUUGCAAGCGAAACAUUGAUGCCGGUGAGAUGGUGAUAGAGUACUCGGGCAUAGUCAUCCGUUCAGUGCUCACGGACAAGCGGGAGAAAUACUACGACAGCAAGGGCAUUGGAUGCUACAUGUUCCGCAUCGAUGACUUCGAUGUGGUGGACGCCACGAUGCAUGGCAACGCCGCCCGCUUCAUCAACCACUCCUGCGAGCCCAACUGCUAUUCGCGUGUCAUUCACGUGGAGGGCCAGAAGCACAUUGUCAUCUUCGCCUUGCGGCGCAUCUUCCGCGGAGAGGAGUUAACCUAUGACUACAAGUUCCCCAUUGAGGAUGCUGGCAGCAAACUGCCUUGCAACUGCGGGGCCAAGCGAUGCCGCCGCUUUCUCAAUUAAGGACUCAUUUCCCAGCUGCAGCCCUUCUCUAGUGUCUGCUGAGGAGGGUGGGGCAUGCCCAAGGGAGAGGAAAGGAGAAGAGGGGACCGGACCCCGCUGGACCGAUCCAAGUGAGCUGCUGCAGCACUGGCUCAUCCCUUGAGGCAUGGAGACGAUUCAUCUCCAAGAGCAUCAGCGAUGCCCGUUUUGUGUCUGAAAAGGAGGCUGUUGUCAAGGCAACAGCCCAGUCGCUUUGAAUCUGUGGCUUGAAAUUAUGGCAGGCAGAGAUAUGGGACAAGUCUAGAAGGGUGUCCCUGACCCCUUAUUUGUGCCCAUCUGCUUCAUAAAUCCUAAUUAUUAUUAUUAUUUUUCCCUUGUGGGGUGAGAACAGCAUUUUCUUUAAUUUUGUACUUUUAAAUUUUGUGAAUUUCCCCCUUCCCCUUGCUUAGAUUCUCUGUUUAAAUGAAAAAAAAAACAACCAUCAAACCCAGGAGGAUGUAAAUAUUUGUACAAAUUUCUAAACCUGUUUAUUUUCUAUGCACUUUUUUAUUUAAGAUGCUCAGUCAACUCAGACGGGAAAGGGUUGGAUUCUUGUUGGUAUAAUUUUAAAUAAAACGCAAUUUUG